GUGAAGUGGACGGUUCAGUAGUCUUCAAGCAAGCCACAGUAGUCCGUUACUAGCUUUUUGUAAGCCUACAAGGUUCAGACGAUAUCUGACACAUGGCUCAAAUUUUUCUGUAAAGUGAACCUAGCAAUUUUUAAGUGUCAUAAAGUAGGUGUCAACUUGCAAACCUAGCUGGUUAGCUGGAUGGCUAGUGAUAAUGAACAGUUAUGCAUUGUCGGACAAUCAGCUAGUGUUACUCCGGCUAAUGCUCCUUUAGCCAUCUUGCUGUCACUGACAUCACUCCGUGUGCUGACGACAUGAGAUGUCUGCAUAACUUUGUAUCUGCUGGAUAUUUAGUUGCUACAAAAUUUUCACCAUGGACAGCGAACGCAGCAAUUGCAGGCCGCAGUUUGGAGACAAUAGCAAGCUAACCUAGCUAGCAAACUGUCGUGGCUGCUAAGCUUGCUAAAAGCUGUCUUGCCUGGUGCGUGUCUGGAGCCGCACUGAAAACGUCGAGUUUUCCCUUGCAUCAAAACUAUGUCGGAGUGUUGUUUACAGCAUCGAAGUUCACCCUAGGUGACACCUGUUACCCAUCUCAGGUGCCUGCACCAUGGAUCAGGGUGAUAUGACAGACCAAAUCACAGCAGCUUGUAGCCAACCACUGUUCUACAACCAAGACUUGAUUGUGAUUGACCAAGACUCAGCGCCACAGCCAAGCUUCGACAUAAUGUCGUCUCAAUCCAAAGUGAUGAGCAACAGCACUGAAGACCCUGACCUGGUAAUAACAGAGGAAGAGCUCAGUAAUGGUGCCUGUGAAGUUGAGACUAUGGUGGCAUUACACUGUCCUGGUGACAGCGGAGAUGUUACUGGUGAGGGUGACCAUCUUGCUCUCAGCAAUGAUGACAUGUCAGAGUUUUCUAACAGUGACCUCUCUCUCCCUGAGGUCUGCAUUUCCACCAACAGCAAUAGCUUUGAAGAGGAUAUGAACUAUGAGGUGCAGCAAGCUUAUAGGAUAUUCACAGGCUUUCUCUUGGACAAGCACAAAGGGAUCACCAGCCCAUUCCUCAAUCCCAUCGGCCACCAAGAGGCCCAGCAUGGUAUUGGAGGGGUCCGGGGCCGGGGUCAGGCACAGCUCAGGCAAUCGAUGUGCUUACGGAGGAUGGAGGAAAAGUUCAUCAGCCAAGAGUAUGAGACCAUAACAGAGUUUGUUGCAGACUUCAGGCUGAUGUUGGAGAACUGUUACCGCUACCAUGGGGUGGACCACUGGAUCUCCAAACAGGCUCAAAAGCUGGAAAUCAUGCUUGAGCAGAAGCUUACAUUGCUAUCCAGGGCGCUGCGAGAGAAGACAACCUUGGCAGUGACUUCUAAAGGACGUUUUGGUGCAGAAGAGGAACGGGGAUCAGGGGGCACCUCCACAAGACGGAGACUGGCACCUCGAAGCCUGGCUACUAUCACUGUUGGUGGGCAUGAGUCGAUCAUGGUCCAGACCUUACGACUAGAAGAGCAACAGAGGGCCAAGGAGGAGAAGAGGCAACGUGAGCUUGAGAAGAAAGAAGCAGAGGAAAUGUCAGCCAAAGAGGUGGAAGAGUGGGAGCAGACUUUGUUGUCAGAGGCAUCCCCCCAUACUGUGGAUACACUUUGGGAACUCCCUGCCAUAGGGCAUUUCCUCUGCCUGGCUCAGACUGCCCUUAAUCUCCCAGAGAUUGUGUUUUUUGAACUAGAGCGUUGUUUGCUGAUGCCCCGCUGCAGCCUCCUGCUCUCUAAAAUCAUGUCUUCCCUACUGUCCCCACCCCAGCGAAGGGCCACUCUGCACCGCCGGCCUGCACUGCCUUACCGCCGCUGGGAGUCAGAGCUCAGGCAGCGGGUCAUGGGUUGGUAUCGAGUUGUUGGUGCCUCCCAUGAUCAGCCAGGUCGGGCUGAGCAGCUGGGACUCUGCCACCAGUUUUUUAGCACCCUUGGCGAGGUGAGUCCUUUGGAGGAGAAACCUUUUCACUCGCUGCCCUUUUACCAGCGAGUAUGGCUUCUGAAGGGCCUGUGUGAUCAUGUGUAUGAGACACAAAAAGGUGUGCAGGAUGCUGUGCUGGCCCAGCCCAUCCAUGAAUGUAGGGAGUCUGUUUUGGGCUAUGACAGCAAAGAGAAUGCCUAUAUACAUUUCCCACAUUUCUGUGGUGCAGACUUGAGGAUCUACUGCCAGAGCCCCAGCACACCCCCAGCCUUCCCUUUCCCUUCUGUGUGGGUAAAAAGGGUAGAAAUAGAGGCAGGAACAGAGGGUGAUGAGUCGGAUGGGAUGAAGGCUGAGGGGAAUAAAAGUGACAGGGAAUGUUUCGGAGGCUCCAUGGACACAGGAGAUUCUGAUGAUUUUGGAAAGGAAAAAGCUGAGACACUUGGAGUUUUCAAAAGGGAAAAUGGGGAUGGGGAGGAAGAUAAAAAAAGGUUUAAAUUGUGGUCACUGAAGAAGGAGGAAGGGUCUGAAUCAGGGUCCUCUGAUGGGGAUUCCUGUGAAGACUCUAAAAUGGACUUAAAAAUACACACUAACUCCUUGUCCCUUUCACGCACUAGUCAUACAGGAAGAAGUGGUGUGAAAAUGACUUUUAAGGAAGAGACUGUAGAGUUGGAGCAUCAAUCCAAGAGACUUGCAUUAAAACAGGAGCCGGGGUUCUCAUUGUCCUCAAUGCGCACCAUUAAAGCAGAGACACAGGAGCCUUGUCUGAGUGUAGGGGAGCACAGCUACACAGGCAGGUCCCCUGCUCGCUCAGUGUGUCUGGCCUCCCCAACCAAACUGGUGGAGCUCAAAAUGGAGGGAGAAAGUCCAAGUCAGGGACACCAAAGACCUUCCUGUUUGGAACGUUGCAAUAGCAAAACUAGUAAUGUUAAAUCUGAGGAGCACGACUGCUGCUGUGGCACAACAGGGCUAGCAACACAGCUGUCUUCUGAGAGCACUCAAAACUCAAGUGAAGAGAGGGUGAAUGACAAAAUCUGGACUAAAAAAAAAAAGCGGAAGAAAAAGCGAGGGAGGGAACAGCUGCCGAGGGUGAAAGGAGAGCACAAGCAGCUGCAGCACGUGGACAGGAUGAGGCUGUCCCAGGCUGAGGCUGCCAAGUCUGCAGUGCGGAGAGUUACCACAACGAUCAAGAGAAAAGACAAGAAGAAAAAACAUAAAAUGGGAAAAAAACAUGAAUCUUCAAAGAAAAUUAAAGAUGAACCUUCAGUUGAACCAUCAUUUAAGUUGGUAUGCACCAGUCUUGAGGAGUUGCGAGAGCUGAUCAGUAAGACAGAAGACGAACUUGAUGAUUUGGAGAGCACCAAAAAGAGACUGGGCCGGUGGUAUUACAGGAGAGAAGCAGUGAAAGACCUCCACAGCACUCUAAUCAGACUACUGAAUGAGCUUUCACCCUGGGAACCCAAACUUGUUAAGGCCUACCAAAGGAACAGGCUUCGUUUGAAGAAGGAAUUUGAUGAUUUCAAGAAGCACCCAGAGUACAAUAACUUUGUUCGUGAGGAGUGUAUUUCGUCAUCAUCAUCAGAUGAAGAUGAAGAGAGAGGUUUGGGGAAAGAGGUGUUUUCACUCACAGAUCAUUAUAGAAGAUCAGAAGAGGAAGACCUGGAACAUAUAGUACCCAGAGGUCUUUGGAGUGGAGCAAGCACUAGGGAUUUUGUGGCUGACUCUGCUGGAGAAACAACGGCGACCUACGUACCUCCCAUCCACCUAAAACACCCUCUGGCCAGCACAGAGAAAGGCGUCAGUCUGCUGUCAAGACUUCAGACUGGCAGCACUAACAUUACUUCUACGCCUGACUCUGGGCCACAGUCUAGAUCUGAACUGAUCCCAUCAAAUCAAUCCGGGGAGUCAAACUCAGCAUGGGGAGCAGGAUUUCCAGCCCAGACUUCACUGUCACCCAGACCCCCCAUUCUCCACCCCACCACUGGACUACCUAAGGGCUACACGCCCAUCCCCACCCUGCUGGCUAAGAGUGUGGGAAAUAAAGUGACCUUAAUGAAACGACCUGCUGAUUGCCCAUGGUUCAACAACAUAGAUAGAAAGAGCAAAGGGUCUUUGGUCUCCCUGCCUACCUCUGCAGCGGCUACUACAAAACUUUCAAAUGCACAAAGUUCUCCAUCAAGUUCCCAGCAGAACUCACAACAAAUGCAGGCACAAGGACUACAACAGACGCAAGUACAUAGUCAGCCAGGAAUGGCCACAGUGACGGCAGCUCCUCUUAAAUCACCACAGGCCAAACCAACCCAGGCUGUACCAAAAAGUCCUGUUCAGGUGGUGUACAAGGUACCUGAGGGGCUGGGUCACCUUGUAAGAAAAGACAGCAGCAGCCCAGUUAAGAUCUCUGUUCAUCCUGUCAUGAACCAGAACACUGGGGAAAAGGUCAUGCAGCAAGUAGUGAUUCUGCCUUCUAACCUUCUUAUUCACAAAACUGAAGAAAAGGUGUCUUCGUUACAUCAACAACAAUCAAAGGGUAUUCAGGUCCCAGUUUCUAAAGUGGCCAGCCCCUUAUGUAUGUCCACCAAUGUGCCUGGGUUCACCAUUCCUGAAAACAGAAUCCCUGUUCAGCAAGUGGCUCCCCUAAAAGAUGCCAGGACAAUGAGAACCCCUUCUCCUUCUGUUUCCCCUCGUCAGCAACAGGGGACCCUGAACGCAGCAGGGUUCAAGGGGUCACAAGUCUGCAGUACCCAAGCUAGCACACCACAAGGUGUCACACCAAACCCCUCGCCCAUCACAACUCCUUCCAGUGCAGUUUCUACUGAGCCUGUUAAAUCUACAGACCCGAAGCAGGAGCUUAAGACUGUGUGUAUCCGAGACUCCCAGUCCAUCCUAGUAACAACAAGAGGAGGCAACACAGGCAUUGUUAAAGUUCAGACAUCAUCAGACCACAGUGCACUUGGCUCUCUGCCCACCAGUCCAGUCAUCACCAUCUCACCUCAGUUUAAAGCCUUCCUCGUGUCCAAGACGUCACCAACUUUUUCUCCUUCUGCUCCCUCUCAGACUUCCCCUUGCACCAUCCCAGCAGUGACAAAUAUCUCAGUAGCCCAACCUCAGAAGCAGGUUCCUUCAGUAUUAAAGCCCACUUCCACUGUUACAACCCCCUUGCACACUGCAGUCACUGGUAGCAUUCCUGUCACAGGCGCAGGAAGCCAGAAUGCAGGCACUGUUGCUUUAAAUCAAGGCUCCAACACCUCAACUUGUUCUACAGUUGCAGCAAAGCCUGGCCAGCUAGCACAGCCAGCUGCUGCUGGUUCUCAUUUUCAAGCAUCAUUAGUAAACACUGUUGUUGUCCCAUCACUGAGUACUUCUGGUGUUUCCCAAGUUCUUACACAAGCAGAAGUCAUCAGCAAGAGUGGUGUGAAACGGGCCAGUACAGAUGAGAGAUCCCAAGUUACUAAAUACAUCCUGGUUACUCCCUCUUCUUCCUCCACCUCAAAUGUAGCCUUACCAACAGGCACACCCUCUUCCACAAAAUCACUUCCUGGUUCAAGAGUCAUGUUCAUCAGUCAGCCUACAGCAACAUCUUCCACCACCUCCAUGGGAAGCAUUCCAAAGCAGGGGAUAGCAACAGGGGCUAGUGGACAGCUGCUGAACACUUCAUUAUCAACUCAGACUCGAAAGACUGGAAAAAGCCCAGGCCAACCUAAUGGCAGUGGCAACUCAGAAGCAUUGUCUAAGGUCAAGAACAUCAGUCUACCUUCAGGCGUUCAAAUCCAGUUGUCAGGGAAGACAACAACCAUUGGACAGACUAUUGGUGCCCUGUCAUGUUCUCCUUCCAAGAGCACACCAGUGUCUGUCUCAGAUACAGGCUGUCCAGCAUCCACCGCCUCUGGACUGGUCCCGGUCGCAAGUUCAAAUACCAUCACAACCUGUUCUACCCAGCUUGCUACUUAUGCUUCUCUGACCACCAGCUCUCAUCUCCAGGGUAUCCCUUCCUUCCCAAUGAUCUCCCAAACAGGCUUGUCCACAUCUACUGGUGCCACCCUGCCUACAGGAAACAUGAUAAAGAAGGACCUUGGAAUGUGUGCAAGUGGACCAUGCAGCUUUCCUACUCAGCAAACCACUACUGUGCAGAGUAGCCAAGCCCAAACCUCCAUACCCGCUCUUGUCCGUCAGCACUCAAAAAUCCAAAGUGGCAUUGGUGAGGAAACCUCUUCUUUCUUAGCUUCCACUCAAGUUGCUCUCAAUAAAACUUGUACAUCCAUGUCCUCGGCAACAACCACAAGUAUCCCAUUCACUACCUCUGCUACCGGCACAAUCCAGCAGAGGAUAGUCAUCAACACCUCGACGCCCCUUGCUGCUGGCACACAGAUCCUUCUUAACAGUGCACGCUUUGUAGUCCCUCCCCAGGGUUUGGGUCCAGGCAGUCAUGUCCUUAUCAUCUCUAGCCCUGCACCGCAGCAAGUGCCUAGUACCAGUGCCACUAGCAUUGGAGCGUCAUUACCUUCCCAUGGGGCAAGCAAUGUCACUGUAGCCCCUCGAGCACCAGUUUUACCCCAGUCCCCAGCCAGGUUGUCUGGUGUACCAGCCGCAAGUUCUCCUUUUGUAGCAUGCACACCUGCUGUUGGUCCAUCAUUGCUAGCAACCACUCCCAGUGUCACACCAGUCCAACUAACUGGAACACCUGGCCAAGGCUCAACGUUGUUACCCAGUAAAACAAAUGUAGUGUCUGCUCUGCCUAGAUUACCAGCUGUGCAUGCUUGUCCCUUUGCAUCACCUCAUGUAGGUACACCCACUCUGGUCUCAUCUCCACCAAGGUUAGGCAGUGUACCAGCCCUACUUUCCCCGGAGGUAACCAGUGCUCCUGCUUUUGGCCCAGCACUGGCUGCAAUCAGAUUAGCUGUGGGUACACCCAGGCAAGCUGAAUGUUCAUCCAACAUUUUGCCUGCAGUAGCAAACCCCUUGCCCAGAUUGUCAGCACCACUAUCAUCCUUGCCUGUUUUACCCAGCCCAUCAGCUGUCUCCCUGCCCAGUCCUGUCAUACCAGUUCCAACACCUCUCUCAGCUGCAGCUCCUCUGGUAGCAGGUAAACCUUUGCAUUCUUCUCCUCCUGCCCAGCAGGUGCUUUCAGUGACAACCCCGGGCCCAGGCAUACAGCCCCAGCAGACAGCAGUUAGAAUUGCAGCACCCUCCACAGCUCUUUCACAGGUUUUACUGCCUAGCGGACUAGGCAACACAUCAGUCAAAAAACAGUUGCCUGCAGGCAUGCAGCCAGUGCUUGCUGGCACACGAACACAAGUAUUGCCAACGGUGGCUGUCCCACCAAUUGUAAGCACGGUGUCUAGGAUGCAAACGCUACCCAUUGCAACAGUUCCACCAAUCGGAAGCACUGUUAACACCUUUGAAACAGCACCUGUGGUGACCACACCUCCAUCAAGCACCACUGUAAUAAUCACUCCAGCUCAACCUAUCACAUCACUGAAGACAAACAACACCAUCCACCCACCUGUCAUUCUGACCAACCAAGCACUUGGAAAGCACUCUCUGCAGACCUCAGCCUUAGGUAUGCAUACCAAUGUAGCAUCAAAGCUACUAAUUAGCCCUGAUGGUGCUGUUUUGAGUACAGCUCAGUGCCAGGUCAAUCCAGUAGAGCUGAAUGCCUGCCCUAAACCACUGGAUGCACUGGUGGUUUCCCCCAACAGUUCCACUGGAGCACUACACACACAUGAUUCCUCUUUACAGCCUUCACAGGCAAACACAAAGUGAACCAAUUAACUGAGACUGCUAGCUAUGCGAGAACUCAGACACCACUUUUCAGCUGCUUAGUUUCGGCAGGGCUCAUAUCCAUCGCUUGUAGUAAUCCUGGGUUUAGUUAAAGAACUGUUUUUCAGCUGUACUUUGACUCAUAACUUACACUUAGGAUAUAGUAGGUUUUACCCUUUGGUUAGAAUAUCUUAUAGGUAAAAUGUAUGCUCACUCAAACAUACUGGAAAUGUAUACUGUGAUGGUUUUCUCGAGUGAAAACUAAUGAGGUUUGCCUCAGAUGAAUGUUAUAGACUCUUGACUUUCCUUUUUUAAACCUCAUGGCCAGUAAUGACAACCAUUGUAACAAAUCAGUAGAUAAAUACGGAGGGUAGAUGAAAUGAAUUUCAACUCAAGCUUUUGUAAUACUUUUCAAUGCCAUUAGAUAUUGCUUGAAGAAGUAAUAAUUGGGAUACUAUUCAUUGGUACAACUUGCUCUACUUUAUCUGUCAGUUUGAACAAUACAACUGUCUGUAUCGAGAUUUUGUCACAUUGUCCUUGUAACUGUUUGAGAACUACAUUUUACUUUUUAGCAAUAUAAAUAGACUAAUAGAUGAAUUUGUACUACAUGUUUGCGCCCAUAUAAAAUGUUUUGAAGUCACAUUUAUUUAUUUUUACCAUAUAGAUUUUUCAAAAAAUAUUUACUAGGUACAUUUUCAUUGAACAAAUGUGGACGUUAUUGCAUGGAAAUAAACAAUGCGACUGUC